UUGUGCAUGCUCCAUCAAACACACCAUCACUGCAAGUCUAUAGACUCCAUACCCGCCCUUCAUUUCUUUCCCUUUUUUUCUACGCAGUCGAAUCAAAAUGAUCCAAGAGGAUCAGGGAAGCUUGACCGAAAUAUCAGAUUCUAGCAAGCACAUUUCCUUCUCCCAAAAAAACAAAAGCCUCUCUUUAGCUCUCUUUGUUUCUCUCUUGCUUGUCGCCACUAUAGCUGCCGUUGUCACUCCCGUAAAUUCACAGAACUACAACAAAAAUGAUGCUGCUCAUUCCAUUAUAAAGAUGUCAUGCAGCUCCACAAGAUACCCAGAAUUGUGCUACUCUGCGAUUGCCAAUGGCCCUGGAGCUGCCGCCAGUUUGGCAGCUAUCAACGACGAAAACGAUGUUCUUACAGAAUCCAUAAGAGCCGCUCAACAAGCUAUUGACACCAAUACCGCUGAUAUAGAGACUUACAAAACCACCAAUAAGAUGAAACUCACCAAUCAGCAAAAUGAUGCUCUCGAUGCUUCCGUGGACAACAAUGAAUUGUCUCAAAGUGAUUUACAAAAUGCUGAAAACAGCCUCCUUUACUAUACUAACGAGAUUCCUCUUAGCGAUCAAGAUGCUGAGCCGGACAUCAACACCCCACUGAGUUCUUGCAUAACCUACCAAGACACGAUCAUGGAUGGUUUCUCUCAUACCGCCGCAGACAAGCAGGUGCGUAAAGAUAUUUCGGAUGGAGUAGAUAAUGUUAGAAAAAUGUGCAUGAAUAUUCUGGCAAUGAGCAUGAACAUGACAGCUACUCGCAUUGCCAAUGAGCUUAAAACCACAAAGAGGAAUCUCAAGGAGGAAAACGGUAGAAAUGAAAGUGGGUGGCCAAAGUGGUUGUCAGUAGCCAACAGGAGGUUGUUGCAGUCAUCAUCACUGACACCAGAUGUGGUGGUGGCUGCUGAUGGCAGUGGGAAUUAUAGUACAGUAUCAGCUGCAGUUGCUGCUGCCCCAACGAGAAGCAGUAAGAGGUACAUUAUCAGAAUCAAGGCAGGUGUUUACAGCGAAACUGUGCAAGUACCAAUCACUAAGACUAACUUAAUGUUUCUUGGAGAUGGAAGAAGGAAAACGAUCAUUACAGCAAGUAGGAGUGUGGUGGAUGGCAUCACAGCCUUCCGUUCUGCCACAGUUGCCGUAAUGGGUGAAGGAUUCCUAGCCAGGGACAUCUCCUUCCAAAACACAGCCGGCCCGUCCGGCCGCCAAGCAGUGGCAUUGCGUGUUAGUUCUGACCGCGCGGCAUUCUACAAAUGUAACGUGCUUGGAUACCAAGACACCCUCCAUGUCCACGCAAAUCGUCAGUUCUUCAUAAAUUGUUUGAUAGCAGGCACGAUCGAUUUCAUCUUCGGCAAUUCCGCAGCUGUUUUCCAAGACUGUGAUAUCCAUGCUCGUCGUCCCAAUCCAGGCCAGACAAUCACAAUAACAGCCCAAGGGAGGAGUGAUCCUAAUCAAAACACUGGCAUUGUAAUUCAGAAAAGCAGGAUUCACGCCACUUCUGAUCUACUGCCAGUCAGGAGCAAUUUCUCUGCGUAUCUCGGUAGACCCUGGAAGGAGUAUUCAAGGACGGUUGUCAUGCAAUCAUCCAUAAGUGAUGUGAUAAACCGGGCUGGAUGGCUCGAGUGGAGGGGAAAAUAUGCACUGAACACAUUGUAUUACGGAGAGUAUAAUAACAGCGGGGCUGGUGCUGCAACCUCUGAAAGGGUCAACUGGAAAGGAUACAAGGUGAUUACUGCUGCAACUGAAGCUAAAAGCUUUACUCCUCGCAAUUUCAUUGCUGGUGGUACUUGGUUGAAAUCCACUACCUUCCCAUUCUCUUUGGAUCUCUAAACGUGUCUUUUUAUGACGCUACCAUCUUAACUACCUCCGCUGCGUACUUGGAGUGUUGAUUGUUUGUCUUUUAUCACCUGCUCGUCUUAGUUUUUCAUUCCCUUGUCUAAGAGUUUCGCUUCAUGUUUAUGGUGUUCGUCACGUUCUCCUCCGUUUGUGGAGCUUGUCUUUUUGGUCCUAGCUUGGACUCUUAAUUAUGACUAAUAAUGGUGUGUGAAAUCAUUGAAGUUUACUUUGUU